AGUAGACGCUUUCAGUCGCAUACAGACGCUCAACGAGUACACAUCUCGGUGGUUGAAAAUACCCAGAAAUCCAAACGCUUUCAAUAUUAUAUAGCAAAAAUAAUAUACAAGCAGCAACAGCUAAAGCCUCAGCUACAGCUACUACCGAAGCGCUUUUUCUGUUGAAAACUGCCAGCCAGCCAGCUUGAUUGUAUAGUCGGCAGCCACAGUGUGCACAUUUGCGUAGCAAACAACAACAUAAAGUAUCUAUAAUCUACCUACCUAUAGCAAGCUAGCAGUCAACCGCCUGCUUGACUGCCCACUUUGACGUUAGAGCGAUAGAGAAGACAAGGGUCAUUUAACGUAUUGUCUUCGUCCUCGUUGUCGCACCGAAGUUGUUUAGUCUAGAUAGUACGCCUUCGGCCGACUACGAGCGUUUGUUUAGUUGUUUGUGUGUCCCACUGUAGAUACAGAUACAAAGUAUCUGUGAACUGAACAGAACAACCCAGCACAGAACCAACGCUGAAUUAACAUUCAGAAGUUAAAUACACACCGCAAUCGACAGUCUCGAACAGUGUGUCUGUGUGCUUCGUGCUGAGUGGAUCGUUAUCGAUAGUUGUACGCGUCUUGUGUUAAAGCAAAUAAAAUAAAUUUGAAAAAUUACAAUUUAUACAUAAAAAUAACCGCGAACGCAUUUAUAUAAUUUAUAAAAAAAAAGUUAUUUAAUUUAACAAAAUACAGAACACAUCAAAGAAAAUGUCAGCCGCUACAGAACAAAAUAAUGGUGAUGUCGCUGUUGAGAAAGUUGCCGUGGAUGCGGCAGCAGCCGUGAAGGAAGAUCUCAAAAAGCCUGCCGUCGACGAAAAAGUAGUGGCCGCCGACAAUGGUACAGCGUCCAAGGAAGAUGCCGAUGAGGAGGAUGCACCCGAUUCCGUCAAAGUAGCCGUCGCCCCCGUCAAGGAACAAGUGAAAGGAACAAAACGGCCUGCUGAAGUAAGUACAAUACAUAUUAAAAAAAAAAAUACAUAGUAGAAAUGAAUUAAU